UUCAACACUACACUUCGUCAUAAUAUUGUUCCACUUACAAUUGCUCAAUUAAGCGACCGCAGAAGCAACAGAAACACCCAGAAAUCCGACGAAAUGCGCCCAUUCCAAGGCCUGUGAGCAGCGAACAAAAGUGGACUUAUUGCGGAGCGACCAAAAUGCAACAUCUGGCGAGAACGGCAGACGAGCGAAGGUAGAAAACAAACAUUGACAUAACACGUCAACGGUUGGGAGCAGGUGAACCCACCGGAGGAAACCAUACGGCGCGGCACUCUAAGCGCAGAGCAUGUGUUAUGGCCACGACAAGAUCUGCCGGAGGUGCCGCCACGUCCGUUGAUUCUGGACCGGCAGCAGCGAACUCGGCUAUCAGAAAGCUAUCGACGGCCAGUGGCGGUGGAAUCGCCGGAGGAGUGGCGCCCAGCUGGCAGAGCUGCUACUACUGCACCCGGGAGCAGUUCAAGAGCAUCAGCGACUUUGUCAAUCACCUGCGAAGUCGUCACUGCACCCGAGAAGGUGGCUCAUUCGUGUGCCGCUAUGGCUUCAAUGGAGUAUGCGCCUCGCUUCCACUGGACGGAGUCUCAGAUCGCGACUACGACGCCCAUGUCGCCAAAUACCAUGUCAACCAGCACACGCGCGAGAUGCCUCCCGAAUGGGGAGUGUACUCGGCGGCCCAAAACCUGCCAGCGGUGCUCAACGAUCCCUCGCGAGGAAAGCAGAGCAAUCUGUUCACCAAAAAGUGGGGCGAGCAUUUUGUGGAACGGAGUCACGUGCCCCCAUCGCCCCGAUUGCCAGAUAUAACCCAUGCUGAUUUCUCCGUAUAUUUGGGCAGCAUAGGGAAGCGAUAUCGUUGGCAUGAGCGCCGGCAGCAGCAACUGGAGCGUGAUAAGCCGCUGGAGAAUGGAGCACAAGGAGCACCUGGACCGGCAAGUGGUGGUCAGACACCCACACAUUUGAGUUCGGUGCCCGAAAUCUUUCUAAAGUCGCAGCUGCAGCUUCAUCACCCGGCUACCUUCAAGCAGGUAUUUCCUAAUUACAUGCAAACAUCGGCUUCCAGUCCGGAAAGUCAUCAGCAAACUGGCCGUCAGCUGCAGGAACAGCUUAGUCAUUACCUGGACAUGGUGGAAGUUAAAAUAGCGCAACAGGUAUCGCAGAAAUCGGCUGCGUUCUUUCAUGCCAUGACCACGCAGCAUGCUAUCUUGGCUGAGAUGGAACAGGCGGCAGACCAAGUGCGUCAGUUGAGGGCUGCACUGGCCGAGCUCCACAGCCACUCGGUUGUCGACAGCUUCAAAGUGCUGCGUUUCGCCCAAAGAAGACAGCACUAUAACCUCACACUAGACAAACUCCGACUGAUGGCCACCGUACACAAGACGCAACCGAUGCUGCAGCUCCUACUGGGCACCCAGGACUAUGUAGCCGCCUUGGAUUUGAUUGGCACCACCCAGGAGAUACUUUCCGCCGAACUCCUUGGCAUUCACUGCUUUAAGCACCUGCCUAUGCAGCUCAGUGAAAUGGAGAAGCUUAUUGACAAAAUGCUGACCACAGAAUUCGAGCGCUAUGCUGCCGCCGAUCUAAAUCGACCGCUAACGGAUGCUCUCCGGGAAACCGACAGCGUUUGUGCCGAGGAGGAUAAACUGGUAGCUAUUGUGAUGGGGCUGCUGCGCAAGCAGAAUUUCUCCUUCGUCCAGGCUUACCAACAAGAAGCCAUUGCCACCAUUCGAGCGAUCAUAAAACAGUUGCUGAUUGAGGUUUUGGCGCGGAGUGACAGCGAUCAGGAGAUCAGUUUAACGGGUCACGGAGAGCAAGCUUUAGAGCUCACGCUCCCCGAAUGGAUUGCUCUGCUUCAACGUUCCAGCCAAGCCUUGGUUUCCAUUCUCGAAAGAAUUAAAACUGUAGUCGGUAUCAUGCAGCAAACCGCGGACGCAGCUGUGGGCGCCCAGGAUGCAGUGAAUCUGAUAGAUUCAGAAGCCUUUUUAAGUCCGGGACACCAUGAGCAACUAAAAAACCAAUUGCAACAACUCCUUCAAGCCGUCUGCCAUUACUGCCAUGAGCGUUGCGCCAACAUUGUUUCCCCUCAGAGCCUGGAAAGGAGCUCAGCUAGUGAGGAAGAGCUUUUACAACUGUCUGAGAUUGUGGAUCAGUUUGGCGAGACAACAAGGAGUAUUUGUGGAGUGGCCAGUGUGCCUCUCCAGCUGGCCCUAAAAGUGCAGGCCUCGCGAUACGCUCAACGAUUCCAUUCCGAACGAAAGCAAAAGUUGUCCUUACUUCUGGAUCAGGAGCGCUGGCGCCAAGUAGACAUUCCCCACGAGUUUCAAAGGAUAAUCGAACGUAUGGCCGCCGGAGACUAUGCCAAACCGGAGAUGGGCAAUCUAAUAAGCAAUGGAGCAGGCAAUCCCGUGCUCCUGGUGGAAGGAAAACAACCGUACACAUUGGUCAGCGCUUCGCUUAUGCUCAUCCGAAUGUUGUAUGAGUACGGAUGUAGUGCUCAUCGGUUGCCACUGUUAGCCAGCUAUCAUGCCAGGAAUGUGGUAGACCUGCUGCGCUGCUUUAACUCGAGAAGCUGCCAACUGAUCAUCGGAGCAGGAGCAAUGCGAGUGGCUGGCCUGAAAACCAUUACGAGCACCAACCUGGCUUUGGUUUCCCGAGCACUGCAACUAGUUCUUUGGCUUCUGCCCAAGCUAAAGGAGCAUUUCCAAGCGAUGAGUGGAUACGAGACCAUCGAGCGAGACUACCAGGGUCACAUCAAGGAGAUCGAGAACAAGAUACACGGAAUUGUAUCCGAAAGAUUGGCAGCUCAACUGGAUGCCUGGGAAGCGCGACCACCUAUACCUUCCCAGACAUUCCGUCACAUCUCGCGUCACCUGGUGAAACUACACGAGGCCAUCGCCGGAGUGCUGCCGGAGGCACAGAUACACGAAAUCUACGGCGUUGUCCAUCGAAACUUCAAGGACAAGCUGCGGGAACAACUGCUCAAGUUGAAUGUGAACAACAAUGGGGGACCGCAGCACGGGGUGGUGACAUCAGAGCUGACCUUCUACAUGGAGACGCUGCGCACACUGAAAGCUCUGCCCGCCGAGCAGCUAGACAACGGGAUUCUGGAGGAGAUCUGGCUCUACUGAGCAGUAUUCCGAAGUAUUCCACAUGGUUGCCGUGGCAUUCCUCCGACCGCCCAGCCGCGUUCGUCUUCAUUGUUUGUUAUCCUUGUUUUAUUUAUACAAUAUCGAUUGUCGCGUCCAUUCUGUCCACUUUGUUUGCCACUGUACAUUGCUUGUACUUUUAUGUUCCGACCUUUAGCAAAAGCAAAUUGGUAAUGCAUCUCUUUUGUUGCGCACUUCUUACACUUAAGCUUAAAGUCAAUGAAAAGGCUUAUGAUUAAAGAAUAGAAAAUAAUCAAAAAA